AUGGCCACCAACGGAGCAGCCAAUGGAGUAGCAAACGGCGUAGCUCACGGCAGCGGCCGCCUCACAGGCAAGAAUGCCGUCAUCACCGGAGCUGCAGGCGGCAUUGGCCUCGAGACCUCGAUCCUCUUCGCCCGCGAAGGCGCCAGCGUCCUCAUGGCCGACAUCUCCGCCCCGGCCCUCGAGAAGGCCAAGGCCAAGGUGCUCACGCUUGUGCCCUCGGCCAAGCGCGUCGAGACGGUCGUGUGCGACGUCUCCAAGGAGGCGCAGGUGCAGGCCAUGGUCGAGCACGUCGACGCCUGGGGCGGCCUCGACGUCAUCUUCAACAACGCGGGCAUCAUGCACGCGCGCGACGACGACGCCGUCAACACGCCCGAGGAGAUCUGGGACCUGACCAUGGACAUCAACGUCAAGGGCGUCUGGUACGGCUGCAAGCACGCCGUCGCCUCCCUGCGCCGCCACGGCAAGAAGAAGGGCUCCAUCAUCAACACGGCCUCGGUCGUCGCCCUCGUCGGCUCCGCCACCCCGCAGCUCGCCUACACGGCCUCCAAGGGCGCCGUGCUCGCCCUCUCGCGCGAGCUGGCCAUCGUGCACGCGCGCGAAGGCUUCCGCGUCAACUCGCUGUGCCCGGCGCCGCUCAACACCCCGCUGCUGCAGGACUGGCUCGGCGACGACGCCGCCAAGCGCCACCGCCGCGAGGUGCACUUCCCCUCGGGCCGGUUCGGCGAGGCCGUCGAGCAGGCCCAGGCCGUGCUGUUCCUCGCCAGCGACGAGAGCAGCUUCGUCAACGGGCACGACAUGGUCGUCGACGGCGGCAUGACCAAGGCCUACGUCACCCCCGAGGGACCCGCGACCGAGGCGCCGGUCAACAAUGCCAGCCUGGCGUAG